AUGCUACCCUUGAAGAGUACUUCUCGCGGCGAAGGCAGCGAUAUGCCAGCAACGAAAGAAAGCAUUCCCCAGGACAGUGUUGAAGCCGUACCCAAGUCAUUCAGUUCUGAACGCUUCCAAGCCAUGGGAGAUACCGACACAAUAGUAUUCGGUCGCCAGAGUCUUUCAGACUCCUCUGCCUCACACGUCGGUGUGCAGUCUGUCACUGAUCCAAUUGCAACUGAUGCUGCGCCCACCUUCUCAGGUGGAUUCCUUCUUGCAGGAAGUUCUAUUCAGGGACCUCAUGGCAGCGACAAUGCCGAUGACCAACUUCUGAAGAGCGCGAUGAUACAAACAUAUGUUCAAAUGCGCGGCCCCGAUAUGGGAUAUACACCUGGCUUGGAGCUAGAGGAUAUGACCAAGAACCCUCAGCAGCUUUCUUCCAAGGGAAAGUGUAUCCCUCCCCACCCCUUGCGCCCACAUGGGAAGAAGAAUAUCGUAAAAAUGCUGGCCAAGGCAGGUAAGGCUCCAGAUCUCAAGGAUCUGGAAGGAGACUCUCCUGGAGACACGGUCUCCCAAGCACUCAAGAAGGCUGCCUAUGAUACUGAGCCCCAGGCAGGUCCAAGCCAGACAAUGAAUGAUGCAACACAAUCCAGAGAUAAGGCCCGUAUUUUUCUAGACGGUCUGCUUGAUACUGAGGGCUUUAACACUACCGGUAGAGUCACACCAAGCAUUCUAGCUUUGUGGUCUACAGGAUCGAAGAAGUGGAAUGAUGUGAAGCAAAAGGAUCCUGAGGAGUUUCUUGGUGCUGCUUCUCGAAUUCGACUCUUAGCGACUGUCCCCUCUGUUCCUCAGGUGGGCCAUUACCCUAACUGGACUAGAAGCAUAGUGCCCCAGUUUGAUCAGCACACGGGAGAAGAGAUUUCUCCCUUCUAUUUCGUUCCCACUAAUCCUUCUCUCAUCAACACACCUCCCGGUGUCCCCGACACGGUCGUCAGCGCGCGAUUUUACGACUCGUACAGUCGAAUGGUCCCUCUAGUUGCAAACCAGAAUCGUGACCAUGUGUACGGGAAGUUUGUUAGAAGCGUGAUAGGAACCAGUACUGAUGAGUUUUACUCUCAGUCUUCAGCAGAUCACGCUACGGCCAAUUCGGGCAGAUUUGGGAUCCCACAUCUAACGGGAUCCCAAAUCCCCGGUUGGAUUGACGCGCAUCGCGGGGCCAUUCAGGUCCAGAACGCUCAACGCGAGGCGCUUGAGAAGGCAAUCGUCAAUCAGGAGCGACAGAUUGACGCCUUGUUGGACGAGAGAGAGAACUUACGUUUCUCUCUCUCGCUCCUUCAAGAGCGUCAAGAAGUCGGCUCCCGUGCCCGCUCUCACGCCGAGCAGGCCAAGAAGGAUGGAGAAGACGUUGCCCACGCGGGCCGCAUCCGCGGCCAAGUCGCCGUCCGCGAGGUCCAGCACAAUCUCGGCGUAGCCGCCCUUCGUCGUGCCGAAGCCCAGCUGAGGCACGACGACGGCGCGCGCUACGUCGAGCGCCUCGAGCAGCAGAUCGCAGCAGAGCGCCGAGAGAUCGAGAAGAUCCGGUCGCAAGAGGACGAUGACGACGACGAGUUCGAGCGUCCUCGUCCGAGCAGAGGGCUGGCUGGCUCCUCACGAGAAGCUGAUCCCUUCCGGCCAGCCAGUCCCUCGACGGAAGCUGGGCCCUCGAAGCCGGCCCGCCGCCCUCGCCACGUAGUCCGAUCCCAGUCUACCACCUCGUCCAUCGACGGCGUCAAGGCCCACUACUGCAAGUAUUGCCACCAGCCCAGCUUCCGCUCGGACGAGAGCGCUCCCAUCGCCAAGCCGGCAGUCAAGUACGACAUCUACGAGGGCAAGAAGGCGCCCAAGAUCGUCCACACGGCGGUGCAGAUCCCGAGCGGCAUGCCGAUGGAGCCGUUCAGCUUCGCCCCGUCCCCACCAUCGCGUGACAAGGUAAAGGGCAAGGGCAAGGCGAGGGCGCGGCGCGUGAUGUCCUUUGGUGCGCACUCCGACAACGAUGCCGGUCAAGAGUGGGAAGACGAUGCCUCCGAUUCGUCUUCCCGCCGUCAAGGUCGUGCGCACUAA